AUGAAGCCUGCCAGACCGAGCUGUGUGGAUUCAGUCUCCAAGUGUGAUGCCAGAGAUGUGGAGAAAUUUGAGAGUGUGGCACGGCGGAGAAUGGCUGCCAAUGCCCGUGAGAGGAAGAGGAUGCAGGGCCUGAACACAGCAUUUGACCAACUGCGCAAAGUGGUUCCUCAGUGGAGUCAGGACAAGAAGCUGUCAAAAUAUGAAACCUUGCAAAUGGCACUGAGCUACAUCAUGGCCCUCAACCACAUCCUGACUGACAGCAGCAGACAGAGCACCCCUCACAGACAGUGGCUGGAUCUGCACUUUGACAGCUUGCAGGCAGACAGCUACCCUUGCAUUGUGAGGUACAUCUCACCUAUUGAAAAUGAGUGCAUGAUCAGUUCCUACCAGUAUGAGGACUUCCAAGUCUCUUCUUAG